AUGGAGUAUCCAACUGUCACUUCAGAAGGUCUUAAUGAGUAUGAUGGUGAUGACAAUAUUUAUGAUGCAAAUCAAUUCAUACAGAGUCAGCAAGAAUUCUUGGAACAACUGGAACAAAACUUUAAAAACCAACAACAAUUAUCCACACAACAUCAGCAGCAACUUUUAGAACAACAGCUACAAUUCUUAGAACAACAGCAACAACUCUUGGAACAACAAAAACGAAAACCUUCACAACAAAAUCAACAACUCUUAGAAAAACAGCUACAACUUGCACAACAAUUGCAACAGCUCUUACAAGCACAACAAUGUUUACUACAACAGCAGCAACAAAUGCUACAACAACAGCAACAGCAAGAACAAGAUUUACAACAACAGCAACAACUCUUACAUGAGCAACUUUUAGAAGUUUUAGAACAACAGCAGCAACUCAUACAACAACAAUUCCAACAACCUCCACAAAAGCAGCAACAAUUUUUACAACAACAGCAAAAACUAUUAGAACAACAGCAACAAUUAGCACAACAACAACAACUACUCUCACAACAACAACAACCCUUAGAACAACAACAAGAAUUCUUGCAACAACAAGAAUUCUUACAACAACAUCAAGAACUCUUACAAGGACAGCAAGAACACUUGCAACAACUGCAGCUAUUCAUACAACAUCAACAGCAGCAACUCUUAGAAUGUCAACAAAAACCCACUCAACGCCAACAAAAUCUCAUAGAACUCUUAGAACAACGUCAACAACUCCUACAAAAACAGCAACAAUUCACACAACAACAGCAACAACUCUUGCAAAAUCAGCAACAAUUCACACAACUGCAAUUAUUACAACAAUUUGUGCAAGGACAAGUCACAAUACCAACCAACUGUUUUGACUUUGGAGAGCUUUCUAUAAUUAAAAGCAAAUUCAAUGAAAUAGUCUAUGAAUUGAAAAUUACAUAUAAUGACUUGGUUAAUAAACACAAUGGCUUGGCUAAUAUAUACAAUGAAUUAAUGAGUAAAAACAAUGUAUUGGAAAAUGAAAACAAUGAAUUGGAAUGUAAAAAUAAUAAAUUGAAUAAUUAUAACAAAAAACAAGAUCAAACAAUCAGUAUAUUUAGUAAUGAAAAUAUUAAAUUGAAAAGUGAAGUCAAUAAAUUGAAAAGUGAAUACAAUGAAUUGAGAAAUGAAAACAAAAAAAAUGAUCAAACAAUCAAUGAAUUGAAAAGUUAUAGCAAAAAACAAGAUCAAACAAUCGGUAGAUUUAAAAGUAAAAACCAUCAAAACAAUCAAACAAUUGAUGAAUUGAGAGUUAAAAAUGAAAAAAAUGAUAAAACAAUCGGUGGAUUUAAUAAUGAAAUCAAUAAAUUGGAAAGUGAAAACACUAAUUUGGAAAGUGAUUUUAAUGAUUUGGAAAGUGAUUUCAGGAAAUUGGAAAAAAACAAAAAACAAGAUCAAACAGUUGGUAGGUUUAGUAAUGAAAACAAUAAAUUGAAAAAUGAAGUCAAUGAAUUGGAAAGUGAAGUCAAUAAAUUGAAAAGUGAAAACAAUGAAUUGGAAAGUAAAAACAAUCAAAACAAUCAAACAAUUGAUGGAUUGAGAGAUAAAAACGAAAAAAAUGAUAAAACAGUCAGUGGAUUUAAUAAUGUAAUCAAUAAAUUGGAAAGUGAAAACAAUAAAUUGGAAAGUGAAAACAAUAAAUUGACAAAUGAACUCGAGGGAUUGAAAAGUGAACUUAAGAAAUUGGAAAGUGAAGUUAAUAAAUUAAAGAAUGAAAAUAAUGAAUUGGAAAGUAAAGAAUUAAAUAAUUUGGAAUUAAAUACAAUAUCUGAUAAUGAAAUAAUAAUAUAA